UGGACGCUGGAGUAUAUCUAUCCCCUCCUCCGACGCCUCGGAGUUAACGGCGCACUUUAGCUUUCUUCCUUUUAUCCACUCGACGAUAACUGGUCCUCCUCAUUCUACUGAAUCAUACACCCCACGGUCCCCCUAUUUUGCACCGGCGGCGCUUUCGAUCUUAUCCUUCGCCUUCUCUAUUUACCGGAGCUGAAUUGUUUGCUGCUCUUUGGCUAACCUACGCCGGUGGUGUACACGCUAUUCGCCUUCGCCCAGGGAUCUCCACAGUCAAUGCUUCUUCGGAGCUCUGAGACACUUCACUGUUCUUCAAAUUUCUGUGAGAAAAUGCAUUCGGAAAAAGCAGCUGAAAAUGACGUCAUUGUAUUAUUUUCCCCCUGAUUUCUGAGUUUCUGUGCGCCUUUAACAAAUUCGAAGUGCAACCUGAAGAUUUUAUCCAUCUAUUUGCUGAUUUUUCGUUUCAAUUUGGAGUAAUUUUACAAUUCAAGAAGGAGAAAGUGUGGUAGGAGGAUUUCAAAAUACAAUAAGGUUUCAAUUUAAUUAUAUUAAGCUGGUACAAUGGGGGCUGAAUCAGUGACUGAUUCAUGGUUUAGUAAUUUCUGGAGAACUUCACGGAAGAGCUCAGCAUCGGAGCCUGAGAAGUCCGUAAUCGGUAUUCUGGCAUUUGAGGUUGCAACUUUGAUGUCUAAGGUUAUCAACUUGUGGCAGUUGGUAGGUGACAGGCAAAUUGCGAGGUUGAGAGAAGAAAUUACAACUUCACUGGGUAUUCAGAAGCUUGUCUCUGAAGAUGAUGAUUACCUCAUAGAUCUUGCUCUAGCUGAGAUAAUUAACAAUGUAAGGUGUGUUGCAAAAUCAGUUGUUAGGCUGGGAAAGAGGUGUACAGAUCCUACGUAUCAAAAUCUUGAAAAGCUUUUUGAUGAUCCAGUUGAGAUGGAUCUUAAUGGGUGUGGGUGGGAAUACAGGCUGAAGAAGAUGGAGAGGAAGGUUAAGAAAAUGGAAAGAUUUGUUGCAGCCACAAUGCAGUUGACUCAAGAACUUGAGGUGCUUGCAGAGCAUGAGCAAACGCUGAGACGGCUACAGGCUGGUGCCAAUUCAGGUCAUGUGAAAUUAAUUGAGUUUCAGCAUAAGGUUGUCUGGCAACGCCAGGAAGUUAAGAAUCUGCGAGAAAUGUCACCUUGGGUUAGAACACAUGACUACAUUGUCCGGCUUUUACUCCGAUCUAUUUUUACAAUAAUUGUGAGGAUCAAGUAUGUUUUUGGGAUAAAUCAGAUUGGAGAUACUGAGGAAAGUACUCAUUCUGAGGAUUUCAGCACUGAUUCCCUUGUUCGCAGCCGUUCCAUCUCUGCCAUUUUGCAAUCGUCUAUUUAUCCAUCUGAAAGUACCAUGUCCAGGUUAUAUUCAGGACCUCUAGGGAGGUCAUUUUCAAGUCUGGGGCUUAGCAGCGAUAAAAGCAAGUCAAGCAACAGGAAAUUACUUACCCGACAGUCAUCUGUUCUCUGUGGAAAACCAUCACAGAUGAGAUCCAGACGGCUUGCUCCUAUUGCAUCUUUUGGAGGGUGCAUGAAGGCCGGUAAUGAUUCACCUGUUCUAGAAAGCUGCAUGCCAACAAAUGGUGAUGUUUUGAAGUAUAAUGACUGUUACCAAAGAUAUACUGAUGACUCAAAAGAUACAAAUGGACUAGCCUUGUGUGGGGGCAUAGCUUCAGCAAAAGUGUGUUUUUUCAAUUUGAAACAUAAGCUGUUAGUUGCGCCCCCAUCAACUCUUGGUUAUGCUGCUUUGGCUCUCCACUAUGCAAAUAUUAUCAUACUCAUUGAGAAGUUGGCUGCUUCGCCUCACUUGAUCAGUGUUGAUGCUAGAGACGACCUGUACAGUAUGUUGCCUAGUAGUGUCAGAAACUUGCUCAGGGCAAAGUUAAGGCUAUUCACCAAGACACUAGCUUCAUCUGUUUAUAAUCCUUCACUAGCAUCAGAUUGGGCUUUGGCACUGGGAAGGAUAUUAGAAUGGCUAUCUCCGGUUGCUCAUAACACAGUUAGAUGGCAUUCCGAGCGGAACUUUGAGAAGCAGACAACAAUAUCUGGGAGUAAUGUGCUUCUUGUACAGACCCUCUACUUCGCAAACCAAGCGAAGACCGAAGCAGCAAUCGUUGAACUCCUCAUGGGUCUGAAUUACCUUUCUCGAUUUGGUGAAGAAAUUUAUAACAAAAACACCGUGGAGUCUUCUUGUAGUAGGGCCUGUGAUGAUUAUUUCCUCCACAAGGGCAUUUCUCAGAGUGCAGUCAAUAUAGGUCCAUAACAGACCCAGCCUCACAUAAGAUGACUGAUCUCUUGCUGCUUUGCUUGAGUUGGUAGAUGAAGGUUGUAUAUUGUAUUGAAGAUUGUUUGUUUCCUAAAGGGGCAUCGUUCCAGCAGUUAAUUGAAUGCAAAACAUCGCUAUUCAUAUUACGUUAUGAGGAUCUCGAUCAUAUCCAUGCUUGCGGAAGAAGUUACUUGUAAUGGCAAGAUCUUUGCAGACUUAGAAGAGCAGCUACUCCUAUGGCAGAUAACUUUUUUUCUUU